GCCGCACGUCGGGCCGCAAAAGGGCGGAGCGAGUUUGGUUGCACCAACACCGGUACUUAGGCUUGGACCGGCGUGUCCUUGGACUUAGAGAGCGGGACGUCCGGCUUGCGAGUGUGGGACUGCGUUUCGUGUCCAACGAAAGAGCGAUUUAAAAAUGGGUGAUGUUGAGAAGGGCAAGAAGAUUUUUGUGCAGAAGUGUGCCCAGUGCCAUACUGUGGAAAAGGGAGGCAAGCACAAGACUGGGCCAAAUCUCCAUGGUCUGUUUGGGCGAAAGACUGGUCAGGCCCCUGGAUUUUCUUACACGGAUGCCAACAAGAACAAAGGUAUCACCUGGGGAGAAGACACCUUGAUGGAGUAUUUGGAGAAUCCCAAGAAGUACAUCCCUGGAACAAAAAUGAUCUUCGCUGGCAUUAAGAAGACUGCAGAAAGGGCAGACUUGAUAGCGUAUCUCAAAAAAGCUACUAAGGAAUAAUAGUUGGCCACUGCCUUAUUUAUUACAAUACAGAAAUGUCUCAUGACAUUUUUUUUUAUGUGUACCAUAUUUAAAUUGAUCUCAUAUACCAGAAUUCAGAUCAUGAAUGGCGGAUAUUACAUUUCUUUUGGGCAGUCCUAAUUCAAAUAAGAUUGGCUUGUGGUUAAAUGGAUAUGAUCAGCUUUUUGAACGUGAUGGUAAUUUCGGGUCAGCAAGUCCUAUUACUGUUUUCCCCCUUCUAAAACUAUGAUGGGAUGUGUCAUGUUCAACUUUUCACAGAGAUGGUAAAUGCCAUCUUCAAAUCUAUAGGAGUUUUGAAAUGGAGUUUUAUAUUUAGAUUUGUAUAACUGGUUAUAUUAAUAUGUUAAAUACUGAGGAAGUCCCUUCACUGUCUUAUAAAACAGCCAGACUCAAUUCUGUUUCAAGUGUUCAUUAGCCUGUUAAAAGGCAAGGGCUGAAGAUAAGGUGGCAGUGCUCACUUUAUCUUUUUGGUCCUAAUUAUGCCAAUUUAAUUAAAAUCCCGUGUAUCUAAACCGUUGCCUUUUAUGUAACGAAAGGCAUUUUAAUUUGGUUUAUGUAUAAUACAAAUAAAAAAAAUUUAACACUUCUCACAUUUUAUCGAUAAUCUAUAAGGUCAUAUGCUUUUAAAAUUCAGUGUGAAAAGAUAUAGUAGCAAUCUUUGUGAGUUCUUUACUAAGUCAGACUAACAAGUUAGGAUUGUCUUUUAAACAGCUAUUCAAAAACACAACUGUAGAACUGUAUGUGUAUGAUUGGUAAUGGUGCUUUUGCCAUCUCACUAGAAGGAUUAGAAAAUAGA